GAUAGCGUUUGUUUUUUUUUUUUUUUGGUAGAAACUAGAAAGGAUAGCGUUUUCCGCCUAAACCAGGAAAUCCUUUCCGGAUAAGCAGAAAACGAUCAGCCAACGCACCACACCAGCACAACCAGCUCCCCUCGCCGCCGGUCUCUGGAAAAAAACACUUGUUAGUUGCAGAUGGAGUCUCUGGGACUUCCUUCUCUCAACCUCCUUCGAGCUUCUCAUUCAACUUCACAUAUAUGGAAGACCCCAAAACUGCUGGCCAGCAAUGUGCAUAUCUCACAUCACUUCGCAUUUGCUACUCCUUUGAGUCGGACAUCCGCCGCCAAUAGAAGCCGCAAUCCUGCCGUUGUAGAUGUACGAGCUUCCAGUGAAGACAUUGAACUGAAGCAGAUGAGAGAUAUGGCAGCUGCUAAGAAGAGAUGGGAUGCUAUGGUACUUUUUCCCAGUGUUUAUCUGCUACCAUUGCUCUCCUUAUUAGGAUCCAUAUAGAAAUUCUAGUAGAAUGUCAUACAUUUUUUUAUCCGUGUGAAUGUGAAGCUUAGGGAAGGAAAAGUGAAGAUUCUUACACCGAGGGAAGCAGGGUAUGCAAUUCAAUUGUCUAACAAAACUCUUCUGGACGUUCGGCCCUCUGUUGAACAUGAAAAGGCAUGGGUUAAAGGCUCUUCGUGGAUUCCCAUCUUUGAAGUUGAUAGCGAGCUUGACAUGGGAGCAGUUUCAAGAAACAUCACAAACUUUGUCAUGGGAGGUUGGUGGAGUGGUAUGCCUACACUUUCUUACAACAAGUAAUGGAGCAAUUACCUGGCUUAGUAACAUGUUGAGUUAUGGUUGCCAAAAAAAAAAAAAAUUGAGUUGCAUGUUAUUGUUUGUACUUUCUUUGCUUGCCAGCCAAUUCUUAACAAGGGUUGAGGAGAAAUUCCCAAAGGACACAGACAUUAUUGUUGCAUGCCAGAAAGGGUUGAGAUCUCUUGCUGCUUGUGAACUACUGCUUAAGGCGGGUUAUUCAAACAUUUUCUGGGUUCAAGGGGGUCUGGAGGCUGCAGAAGAAGAGGAUCUUGUACGAGAAGGACCUCAGCCUUUCAAGUUCGCAGGAAUAGGAGGCAUUUCUGAAUUCGUUGGGUAUAAAUCGUCUCCUGAUGCCUCUUAUUAUUUCAUUUCAAUCAUCUAGUGGACAGACCAACAAAGAGCUGCUGCUGCCAAAGAAGGCUGGGGAUACCGGUUACUGUUCUCUGCCCGUCUGGUUGGGCUGGUUAUUGCUGCUGAUGCCUUAUUUAUUGGGGUACAGCAAGUGGGUCAUUACAUUCAGGAGAUGCAGACGCACUAGAGCAGGGCCUUCGUUGUUGAUUCUUUGGAUGUUUUUGAUCAACGAGUAGUAUAGGAGAGUAUGCAAAGAUUUGGCGGAAUGUGCAAAUGUCGGUCUUUCAUUUGAUAAUAGUAAAAUUAGAGCAACGUUUACCUGUUCGGUCUUCAUUUGAUACUUAAGAUAAAUAGGUGAUACAAUCACAUUAAAAUAUCGCAAACGAUAUCGAUCCUUUGAGUAGCUAGAUAUCAACUACUAA